GAGUUGGAGGGAUUCACGUACGUGGACUAUACGGGCCGCGACGCCCAGGCCGGCGGCGCGGUAUAUCUGGCCUGGCUGUAUAUUGUACGUGUGCACUGUUUUGUACUGUUGUAGAAUUUGCUCAGUGCUAGACCGGCUUAACUGAGAUUUUAUUCUUUGUGUCAUUGAAGCAUGCCCAAUAAGAAUUGACAUCGAUCCUGUACUCUGUAGAAUUUCUCUGUUUUGAGGAACAAGCUAGAGUGGAGAUUCCUCUCUAAAGAAGUACAUAGGCAUAGACCAGGUGGCAGGUCCAGUUUGUUGACGAGUACGAGCCUAGAAUCAAGAAAAUGGGAGAGGAUGAUGAUGAUGAUGCCAUCUUCUUUACUGAAGAAGAUUAUGAGAUGUUCUCAUUGAGCCGAACUCACAACAUCCGCGCUCGUAAUGCUGAGCAAAUCAAAGCUUUGAAAAACUGGCGGGAUGUGGUUGCAAAAGAAAAGGAGAAGAAGGAGGCCAAGAAGCAAUCCAAGCAGGUUAAGGUCACCAACCCUUCGAAAGAGGCCGACAAGAGACUGCAAGCUGUUCCCAAGCCCCCCUCUGAGAAACCCAAACCCAAGCUUCCAGGAAACCUUUACAGUCUCGUCUCAUCUAACCCUAAGAUCAGAUACCCUACGUUCUCUCGAUUGACCCUGGUACAGCAUAAGAAGUUCCUACAGCUCCAGGCCCAGUAUGGCUCAAAGGGUACCAGGGUCACUACGUCCAAGCAGUCAGCUGAACUUCAGCAUUGGAGGCAACUUGGAGGCCUGAUAUACCAAGAUCAACAAGACUUCAAUGCGUUUGCAGAGUACAUAGCCAAAAAUCAACCAGAAAGAUAUGCUUCUUUGCCAACAGGAGCAGGGAAAUACCUCAAGGAUUCCUUGAAGAGAAAUGUAGAGAGAGUGGAAUCCCUUCCUCAGCACUAUGCUGUUCUACAGACUGUCACUCUCAACCCAGGUGUACCAUUGCCAUCAGACCCUACACUUCAGAGAAUAGGAUCACCAGUCUUUGUGGGAAAACACACAGAAUUGGUUAUCCCGCCACUGGAAUGUCAGAAGGUCAUCUUAAAAACUUCUGCAAAUGAAGAUGAAGGUCUUUCAGAUGUCCAAGAAACUGUGACCAACCAGAACUGUCGAAAACUUUCCGAGGUAUACAACGCAGACAUAGUCCUCUCCGCUAACAGUUUUUUCACACUCGUGAACAACCAUGCGCCCCUCUAUGAACAUCAAUGGGAGAUUCCUAUUGAGGUCAAAGAGAGACCUACAGGGAAGGUAGCAUUUAUUGAAGAACCCUUGAUGAGUCACCUGUAUUAUCCUCAUGAUGCUAGUGGUCUUUACCACAACCUGGUGCUGAAGCAGAUGCUGUCAACGGGAGGCAAUGAGAAGUACUGCAAGAUGAUGGGCAGGACUGAAGAAGAUGAACUUGAGGGUAUGACACAUGAAAGGGUGGACACCGCACUUCCAGUGGAGGUGGAGCCGGAAGUGGAAGAAGAUGCUGAUGAGUUUGGCUCUGUGUCUUUGACGGAUCUGGAGACGUUUGGAAGUGAGAUUCGAAGUCCACGGGCUAAGACGCCAGAGAAGGAGGAGGCAGUGGAGGAAGUUAAAGUGGAACGUGAAGUUGAUUGUGAAGGCAUGGAGAUGUCUAAAGUUGUAAAGGAUGAAAGCAAUUUAGGAAUUGUGUCUAAACAGAUUCUAACAGAUGAUAAAGAUGUAACAGAUAACAGAGACUCCUUAGAGGAUGAUGAUGUUAAGAUGGAGUGUCAAGAAAAUGCCCAAGCAGAUAAUAGUGGAGAUGUUAGAUUGGAUGAAAAUCUUCCAUCUGAGGACAAACCUACAUGUCAGGAAUUGGUUGAAUCUUCAGCACAAAAUGAGAAAAAUGAUGAAGCAGCGCUGAUAUUAGAAGCAGCAUCGAACAGGAAAGUGGUCAAGGUUGUUGUCCGCCGGAGAUCAACAAGUGUUGAUGAUGUUGCUUCUCAGUCGGCAGAUGAGCUUUGUGGUGCUUCUUCAUUGCAAGAGAUAGAGGGUGUUGGAGAGGCGAAAGGUGACAUAGAUAUGGAGGAGGCAGGAAAUGGAAGUACUUUUUGGAAAAGCCAGGAAGAUCCUGAUGCAAGGUUGAUGAGUGACACCAGUGAUGAUGGUCACAACUUAGUGAUUAUGAUGGACUCUGAUGCAGGAAGCAGCCCAUCGGCAAGAAGGAACAGGCCAUCCUUGAAAGCACCUGACAGACCAGGGGACUCUUCAAAUGAAAAUAGUUUACUGAUACGAAACAAAGAACAAGAAGAUACGGUAAAGGAAAAGGUGACUGUCAGGGGUGAUCAAAGAGAGGAGGAUGUUAAACCAGAGGCGGAUGAAGCAGACAAGGCAACUGUAGAAGGCAUUGUUAAGGUUGAACAGACUAAAAAACUUAAUGAAGAAGUGCCUGAUGGAAGAAUGGCUACAAGAAGAAGUUCUCGUAUUAGAAAGCAAAGUUCCAGUGACGGGAACACCAGUGCCGGACAAACGGAAGAAGUGCCAGUGAAACGGAAGAGGGGAAGGCCACGGAAAGUGAAAAUUGAGGAGCAGAUGGAUACAACUGAAGUGACCAAAGGGAAGAAAGACAAGGAUGAGAAACCAACCACAGAACCCAAGCCACCCACCGAGAGUGUGACUUGUGAAGAGGGUGAAAAGGGAAAGGACAAAGAGGCUGCAAUGACUCUAAGAACUAGAAGUAGGAAUAGAAAAGACAAUUCUGCAGAAAGUGGGAAACGUUUAGACCAAGCUAAAGAUAUUGCUACACCAUCAAAGAAGCAAGAGUCUGCAAAAUGUAAAGUAGAGGGUGCUAAUCCAAAGGGAGCUCCUCAGAGGAAAGGGACACCAAAGGAAGUUUCACCUGGAAAGACAGGACCACAGAGGAAACCAGGAACUAAAGACCCUAGUGAGAAGAACAAAGCGGAGUCAACCAUAGAUGAAAUCAUGCGGCUCCAGGAGAAGAUGCUCACCAGACAGAAGUCCAAUGGUCAACAGCAUUCUCAAGAACAACCUGAAAGUCAUAGUACUCAAGGACAAGUACAAGGUCAUCAAGGAAGUUCUGAAGCUAUUGGUGCAGAAGAGAUGCAACCUGCAGCAGGUUCCUUGCCCCAAGGUGUGAACUUGGAGCCUCCUGCAAAAGGAUGUUGGGCGUAUGGCCUCUGGAAGUUGGGCAGAUUACGACUGCUGACACAAAGCAAAUGCCUUGGCAUAUUACAGCAGGGGGAAGUCGUCAGUGUUUGCGAGAAGAUGGAGCAUCAGACGGACCUUGGUCUUGAGAUGCAAACGGCCAGUGACCUGACUAGGAUGUGGCUCAAUCUUUACCUUAACCCCGGGUCGAAGUUCAUCAGAGGAAGAAUAGAUUGCCUGACAUCAGAGGUCCUUAGCUGGGAGUAUGUGGAUGGGUUAGCUAUGGUACAACCAACACAGACAUUCAACCCAGCUAUGUGCAUGAAGGUACUAUAUCUAAUCCUUGGGAAAUUAUCAGGUUUAUCAGAGGGUAGAUACCUGUUACGACACAGACCAGGAGAUGCUCAUAUCUGUAUAUACCAGUGUGUUGAUCCUACAGCCAAAAAUGUGAGGGCACCAUAUGACCUCCACGCAGCUCAUAAAGCCAGUCAGCUGAUGACAUCACUUCCUCCCACAAUUCCAUGGGUGCCUCUAGACCCAAGUGCCCCGUAUCGUAGCAACAGGUGGAGGGGAUGUGUUCCUCUUACCUUCCCGCCAUGUCCACCAAGCUUCAAACAUCCAUCAAUGCAGCAUGGUGGCAAACACAGAAAGAAAAAGAAUAAGAAGAAAAGGUAACCAGAGGCCUAACAUCAAUACUGAACUGUUGUCUUCGAUGAUUGUCAAUAUGAUGUGCCGUUGGAUAUUUGGGGAGGUUUCAUAAAGCAAUUUGGAAAGUAGGGAAUAAUUUUACUGAGUGGUCAUCAGAAUAUGAAGUGCCAAAGUAUGAGCUCAAAAAGUUUAAAAGAUGUUUUAUGUAUAUUAGCUAACAAUGUAAGUUUUACUGAAAAGUUAAAGAAGUUAAAUAAUGUUUAUUGACAUGUGUACACAUGGUUUGAGCAUGCCAUGUGGUACAAACGAUAUGGUAACAUCUGUGAAGCCAGAUUAUCAAUAUUGAAGGAAUGCCUCAAAUGCAAAGACUUAAUAAUUUUUUACUCUUUGCCAAUUUCAGUGUAAACAUUGGUUAUUUUAUGACUAGAACUAAACUGUAUCUUCAGAGAUGAAAAUAGUUUUUUGGUCUCAUUACACAAAGCUUGGGGUUGACCAAUGUUGACAAUUACAAUUUGUGAUUUGUUUUUAAUCAAUCAUGCAAAUCAACUGUACAGUGCAUCCCAGAAAAUAGGAAACUGGGAUUCCCAUGUCUUUUCUUCUUAAAAGGCAAAUAAGUUAUAUUUCAUUUACAUAAUCAUACAAUUAAAUUAUUCCUCUCUAUUUUGAUACCUAACACGAGACGAACACUUCACGCAUUAAUGAGCGAGACGAGUUUGAAAUUUUAAUUUCAAAACCAGGUUGCGCAGAAAAAUGGCACAAGAUUGGUUCGAGAUACGUUGACCGUGCUUGUUCGACGAUUGGCUCAUUUGCAUUUCUUUUGUAUUGUUUGUUAAGAUUCUCUCACUGAUCUCUGAAAUGAGAGUGGAUUCAGAUUCACACACAAAUUUCUGCGCAAAUCGUUUCUGAUAUGCCUCAAUAUUUGUUUGUAAUAUUCCAUGCAUGAACGAUUUGCUAAGCUGUUGGUUUCGAAUUCGAGAUGAGAUUCUAGGUAUUAUAGUAAAAAAACAUAUUUAAUAAUUGUGAAAUCUAUCUCUGAACAUGGGUUUCCUUUUUUAUGGGACGCACUGUAUAGUCAGUCCUUGGUUAUGAGAUUUUAUUGUGGAAUGAAAUAUUAAGACAUCUGGGCUCCGUUUCAUUAACUUUUUACAGUAAAAAAUUUACAAUAACAGUUAAAAGCUACUGAAAUCCUUUAAUCUGAUUGGUUGAUGGUACAUUUGUCAUAGAAAUUGUGCAUUUGUUAGAAUCACAAGUCUUUGUGAAAUGGGACCCUGGGUCUCUUAUUAACAUGAAACGUAGCAAUGGAUCGUAGGACAAUGAUUCCUUGACCUCAAUUUAUGAUCAGUCAUGGAAUUCAGUUAUAUGACAAGUUGCUAAGAUUUGGGCUAGAUAACCUAAAUAACAUGAAAAGGACUUGAAAUCUGAUAAUUGUGUCCACCUUUCCCAUACUUAAAACCACAAUAUUUAUUUAGUAACGUGAUUCCAUCUCAAGCACGAGGUUGGGGUUUUGAAUCUGAUUGUGAAUGUAGUAAAAUAAUUUGACUUUAGUUCUGACAUUCUGGAUAGUUCUGUCAAUAUUUUGAUUGGACGAGAUUACAAAGAGACAAAACUUUCAAAUUAUAAACAUAAUUUGCUACACUUUUUGACAUAGGGUUCCUAUGUCUUUUAUAUGAACUAGUACUCUUUAUCAUGUCAUAUUGAAUAUUCAAUUUUUUAUUUAUUUAAAAAAAUUAAACCUUUGGAACAAGAUAGCUUGUGUGAAAACAGAAAAAUCAAAGAAACACAUCAACGAAAGUUUGAGAAAAAUCGGACAAAUAACGAGAAAGUUAUGAGCAUUUGAAUAUUGCGAUCACUAAUGCUAUGGAGAUCCUCACAUUGGCAAUGCGACAAAGAUGCGUGAUGUCACUUGUGAACAACUUUCCCCAUUUCUUUAGUAUACAUUUUCCUUAAACUGCCUCUUAUCACAUCUUUCAGUAGAUCAUGUAUUCUUUCUUUAGGAGGGCAUGUAAUACAGAUUUUAAAGAAUACAUUAAGGAUAAAGAGUUUGUAUCACCAUAAGAAAAAGCAGAGAGACAUUUUUGGGGUAUUUUAUAGUCCAUCAAAGGGAAAGUUGUUCACAUGUGACAUCACACAUCCUUGUCGCAUUGCCAAUAGGAGGAUCUCAGUAGCAUUAGUGAUUGCAAUAUUCAAAUGCUCAUAACUUUCUCAUUAUUUGUCCGAUUUUUCUCAAACUUUCUUUGUUCUUAUUCUUAGAUUUUUCUGUUUUGACACACGCCUACUUGUUCCAAAGGUUUCAUUCCCCUUUAAAUAUUCAAAUUUUUUUUCAUUUUAAGUUGUCAAUAAUGCAUAAGAAGUCUUGCACAAAAAUAAAUUUACAUAAUACACA